AAUCAGGUCCUUCUGAUAAGCCGAGGAGUUGCACGGAGAUCAUCUUAAAGUCCAUUUCCUCUCUCAAAAAGCUUAGCUAAACCCUAAUUCAAUUUCUGCCUGGUUACUACAAUCUAGAGUUAUGAUUUUCAAGAGACUCAUUUUUAAUUUUCUGAUAAACCCUAAUUUCACAACCCAAAUCAAAUUAAUUUCCUCUCUAAAAGUCGUGUGGCGCAAAGACCCAAAAUUAGAUUUAGCCAUAGAGAAAGAUAAGCGGUAUAAAGUCUGUUCACGGGUCGUUAAAGAGGUAUUAAACGAACCGGGUCAAGUUAUCCCGCUCCGAUACCUGGAGAAACGGAGGGAAAGGUUACGCCUGAAUGUUAAGGUUCAGACUUUUAUUAAUCUAAAUCCGGGUCUAUUUGAUACAUACUACGAUAGAAUUAAACCCAAAUCUGAUCAUGUGAAGUUUUUGCGUGUUAGUGAUAAAUUGAGGGGUUUUCUUGAGGAAGAGAAGAGGAUUCGAUUUGAAAAUGAGGGUUUAAUUGUGUCUAAAUUAUGUAAGUUGCUUAUGAUGGCUAAGAAUAAAGCUGUUAAUGCUGAAACUUUGGUUAAUGUUAAGAGAGAAUUCGGUUUUCCUAAUGAUUUUAUGGUUAAUUUAGUUCCUAAGUAUCCGAAUUAUUUUCGGUUGAUCGGACUGCCCGGUGAGGGGAAGUCGUUUCUCGAGUUGGUCGACUGGAAUCCCGAGUUUGCUAAAUCGGUGAUCGAGCGACGAGCUGAGGACGAGUCGAGGUUAACCGGAAUCGGGAUUCGACCGAAUUUCGUUUACAAGCUUCCACCAGGGUCUUUUUUAAAGAAAGAAAUGAGAGAGUGGGUUAGGGAUUGGUUGGAACUUGAUUAUAUUUCACCAUAUGUGGAUGUUUCACAUUUGGAUCAAUCUUCACCAGAAAUGGAGAAGAGAACUGUUGGGGUUUUUCAUGAGCUGCUAUCGCUUUCGCUCUUUAAGAGGAUUCCUGUUCCGAUACUGGGUAAGUUUUGCGAUGAGUAUAGAUUUUCCAAUGCGUUUCCGAGUGUGUUUACUAGACAUUCAGGGAUGUUUUACUUGUCACUAAAAGGAGGUAUUAAAACUGCAAUGCUGAGAGAAGCUUACAGGGACGGUGAUCUGAUUGAUAAGGAUCCGUUGCAUGAGAUUAAAGAUAAGUUUGUUGAGUUGUUGGAAGAAGGGUGGCGAGAGAGACAAGAACAGAUGAAGUUGCGACGGGAAGUUGUACCGAAAGAUAUGGAAAUGGUGGCAAUGAGAAACCUGGAUUUGGAUGAACAAGAGAGCAGUGAGGAAUCAGAAUGGAGACAGCUGAAGGAACAGAGUGAAAUGCUGGAAGUAAAUGAGGAUUAAGGUUGAAGUUUAAGCAACAAAUAACGAAUGAGGGAGUAAGAUUCGCUGAGUGUACGAAGAAAGCAGGCUCAUCCUCUUGGUUAUUCUUUUCUUACCUUCCUUUUUUUGCACUGUAAGUAAGUCUAAUUAGUGGAAACAACAACUUCAUGACCAUAUUUUUGAACUAUAAAAGGAUGAACUGGUAUUCUCUUUGAACUACUCCUUUUUACCAAUAUUUUUAGACAUAGCUUCAGAAUAUGCAAAUGCAAAUGGAAAUGGUUAAGUCUUAUUUGUUAAUGUUUUUUGCUGUAUUCUUAAUAUUUCUGCCUAAAAUGGAGGCUCAAGUAUUUCAUCGUCCUUUAUGUGCCUCCCAGUUUUCGCUAGUGGUUCAUUCAUGUGCAGGGCUUCCAUAUUUCCCGUUCCCAAAUCCUCCACCUCCCAUGCCGCCAUCUCCCCCUGCUCCUCCUCUUCCACCAGCUCCUGGCCCUAGCGAUGACGAUGAUGAGAGACAUCACCACCGCGGUCGUGGUCGCAAUCAUGGUCAUGGUCACGGUCACGGUCACGGUCACGGAAACAGUCGCAAUCAUGGUCACGGAAAUGGUCACAAUCACGGUCGCGGCAGCGGUCACAAUCGCGGUCAUGGUAGCGGUAACGGUCACAAUCACGGUCAUGGUAACGGUAACGGUCACAAUCACAGUCCGGUACAUGGACAUGGGCAUAGCCAUAGUAUUGCUAUAGAGCAUAGUCAUGGUCAUGGUCAUGGUAACGCUACAGCACGAGGGCAUGUGCAUGGGCAUGUUAGUCCUCCAGUGCACGGUCAUGGGCAUGGUCAUGAACAUGGACACAACCAUAGCCAUGGGCGCGAUAGAGGUCACGAGGAGGAAUAUUUUCCAAUGCAGAGCCACGGACAUAGGCACGGACAUAGGCAUGAGCAUGGUCAUAGGAGUCACGGCUACCACGAAUCACCCGGGCAACAGGAUUGCUGCAAGUGGCUAAACGAGUUAGACGAUGACUGUGUCUGCGGCGUGCUGGCUCAUUUGCCACCCUUCGUCUCCCGGUUUUCUCAUUCCUAUACAGUCUAUCUCGACGCUUCGUGCAACGUGACUUACAAAUGCGAAGGACGAUUAAUUAUUCCAGAACAGAAUAUGACCACUACUACUAUUACCUGAGUCGUACUGUGAAAAGCUAAUGUAGUGCUAUUAAACUACAAUAAUCUGGUGUAACCCGUUCUGUUAAUUUGGUUCAGCUUCUUGUUAACUAGUAUAAAAUAUAUUUGAGUAA